AUGUCGCAGAGGCCUUCUGCGUCUCGUCCUGCAUCUCGCUCACCACCAGAAAGUCAAAAGAUUACUCUCCCACCUGUGCAGAUGCGAGAUGAUCCUCGACAUGGAGGGCGACAAGCAGACAGACAAUUAGAUCAGGGCAACCGAGGAUUACCACAACCUCAUCAUACACUACCUUCCCCUUCAUCACGGACUCCUCAGCCAGUAUCAACUGGAGAGGAUUGGAAGUCCUCAGGACCAUCGCGCGAUCUUGGUGUACAUUCAAUUUUGAACCCGACAGAACCUGAAAGCGCAACUCCCAGUCGCCGAUUGAGUGGUGGUACUACAGACUCACCAAUCUCUACAGCAGCCGGACCAACUUCACAUUUUGCUGCAAGUCCUUCGGUGGCAGCUACUCAUCCUUACUCCAAUCGUCCUCCCAUCAGCACUUCGCCUUCCUUAGACAAUUUUAACCCAAAUUUCCCAAGGGGCCCAGGCCGCAGAAUGCUAACACCCAGAUCACCUCGGCCUGCCAGUAUAGGCAGAGCGCCGGCUCACGGGACUAUCAAUGCACAAGAGUCACCCUUUUUGCCACCGAGAAGGCCGGAACAAGGGCAAACUCCAGUAUCAGAAAAUCCUCCUUUAGCAACACCAUCCGGGCAAUCUCACGCCCAACAUUAUGGGUUUCCCUCUACAGGCACAACUCCAAUAGAACGACGAGCAGAUAAUUCUCAGAUGCAAGUUCCAGGACGUGUCCAACAUAGCGCUAGUCCCAGCAUCUCAGCAUCUUCACAAACACCGAGCCAGACUUCCCCCGCGUCCGGUUAUCCUUAUCAUCAAAGUGGGCAGAAUCCUCAGACAAGUGGGUCUUAUUUUCCAGGUUCCAGUUUUGGUUCAUCAGUGCAACAAGGGAGUGGAUUACAAUUACAAGCACCGCCUGCGGCAUCAGAAGGUCCGUACAAUGCUUCUCAGAUUGGUUCCUCACUCCACUCCACUCCAAGCUCGAGGCAGGCUUCUGCCUCCGAGCCCUACGGUGUCCUGACAAUAACCACGGCUCACGGCGUGGCUUAUCAUGUACCCGUGGACACGCACCAAGCGUCGCGUUUAGCUGACGAGAAGCGUGCGCGCAACGCAGGAGCAUCGGCGCGAUUCCGACAACGUAGAAAGGAAAAGGAGAAGGAGGCUUCAUCCAACAUCGAAAAACUCCAAUCGCAGACUAGAGAUCUUGAACGAAGAGUGAGAGAAGCAGAAGGAGAGAGAGACUUUUACCGGGGAGAACGGGAUCGAUUCAGGGAUAUGUUACUUCGAAAUCCUGGGACUAGAGAUAUGGCACUUCACGGGCCACCGAGUCCUCGUUCCAUGAGGCCAAUGUCUUAUCCUGGUCCUCCUCCACCAAGUGCGCAAUCCAUGAGUUUUCAAGGUCCUGACAAUGGCGAAAGGCCACCAAGACGUCGGAGGACUGAUGCCCAAGGAGAAUUCAUGAGCGUACCAUACUCGCAUUCUCCAGCGUCAACUCUACCACCCGUUCAAAGUGGUUUCCAAUCCGCUCAUGGACAAGGGUUGCCUAGUCUGCCCCCUCUACGCAUCGAUAAUCUUUCAACUGGUACAGCCACAGGAGCAUCGACUCCAUCGUUAUCUGCUGGUCCUCCUUCAUUUGAUUCUUAUUCGCGAGGGCCAUACGAUCGAGCCUGGCCCAAACAGGAAAACGGUGGACGACGAUAA